UGCCGAGGCUUCCCUUUUUUUUUCGGUGCGGGGAAAAACUAUAACAAUUAUUUUUUGUAUUAAAAAAGUUAUCGCUGAUUCAUCAGAACCUAAGGGUGACAUCUCUUGCAUGUCUUCUUAUAUCUAGGCGAAUGAGGAUGUAGAUUUUGCCUGUCGAGACUCUUGUCACAUUCAAUUGCAGGCUGGAGUAGACGCUUUGUCAUUCUUUCACGACUUACAUACGUCUGUCUCCUCUUUGGACAUAUAUUCCAUAACUGAAGGGGUUGUCUACAUCUCGGGAACAUCCUCAUCCGGCCGUCAGAAUGACCACCGUAGUUGAGAGAACGCCGGAGGGCGUUAUUUACAGGGCUGCCAAACCAUUCCCUGUGCCUGAUCUGGAUAUCUUGUCACUUUUGUUCGACUCAAAACACAGCGCAGCAACUCCAGAGUCCGUCAUUCACGUCUCAGCCGAUGACCCGUCUCUGCAAUUGAACGUUUCGCGUGCCAGGACCCUCACGCACGCGACGUCAGCCGCCCUCCGGCGCCACUUCAGCAUUGGCGCCGGCGGUCCAGGGCGGGACAUAGUCUCGGUCGUGUCGCUGGGGCACUACCUCCUACCAGUGCUCUGCUAUGGCAUCAUCGGCGCUGGAGGGGUUCUUUCGGCUGCCGCAGCUGCAUCAACGCCCAGUGAGCUGGCCAGGCAGCUCUCGAGCAGCGAGAGCAAGAUUCUCUGCUGCGUGGAGGCCCUGAAGGACGUCGCUGUCAAGGCUGUGGAGGAGGCAGGCUGGGGCCGGGGUGGCGGGGGCAGAGUGUUGAUCAUGGGCGAGGGCAAAGAAUGGACGCUAAAGGUUGUUCAAGGCGAUGGGUCGCUGGGGCGGAACCUGAUCAACGAAAACGACUUGCUUCCUUGGCAGGCCAUCACGGACCGAAAGACGCUAGAGGAUAGUUUCGUUAUUAUGAUUUACAGCUCAGGGACUACGGGCCUCCCCAAGGGCGUCAAGCUCUCGCACCGGAACCUUGUGGCCCAAACCGUCAUACCAGGGGACUUGCUCAGGCAGUCGUGGGGCGGAUCGCAGCCUAAAUGGGAUUAUCGUACCCUGGCUCACCUGCCGAUGGCGCACAUUGCCGGCAUCCAGGGCUACCUCAUCAACCCCUUCUACGUGAACGGGACGGUCUACUGGAUGCCACGGUUCGACUGGCCCAAGUUCCUGCAGUACAACAAGCAGUAUAAGAUCACCAUCUUCUUCACGGCGCCGCCCAUAUACCUGAUGAUCACCAAAAGCCCGGACGUGAAGGACCACUUCGCGAGCCUCGUGAGAGCCAUCAGCGGCGCCGCACCUCUGGGCAAGGAACUGCAGCACGCGGCGAGCCGUAAGCUCGGGACCGGCCAAAACGUCUUCAUCAGCCAGACGUGGGGCCUGAGCGAGACUUGCGGCAGCGCGACGCUGAUGCCGCCGGGGAUAGACGACGACACGGGCAGCGUCUCGGCGCUCAUGCCCAACAUGGAGGCGCGCAUCGUGGACGACGAGGACCGCGACGUGGAGCCCGGACAGCCCGGCGAGGUGCUGCUCCGCGGGCCCGUCGUCUGCAACGGCUACUACAAGAACGAGGCGGCCGACAGGGAGAGCUUCACGAAAGCGGCCGACGGCGGCCGCUGGUUCCGCACGGGCGACGUGGCCCACGUCCGCGACGGGCUCAUCUACAUCAUCGACAGGAAGAAGGAGCUCAUCAAGUACAAGGGCUUGCAGGUCGCGCCCGCCGAGCUCGAGGCCCUGCUGCUCACCCACCCGGCUGUGCUGGACGCGGCCGUCAUCGGCGUGCCCGCGGUCGAGGGCGACGAGACCAGCGAGGUGCCCAGGGCGUACGUGGUGGCGGACAGGAAAAAAAUCGACGCCGAGGCCAUCAAGGACUUUGUCAAGCGCAACGCGGCCAAUCACAAGCAGCUCAGGGGCGGAGUGGUCUUUGUGGACGCCAUCCCCAAGAGCCCGGCUGGGAAGAUACUCAGGAGAGAUCUGAGGGCGAUGGCUACCAGGGGACAGAGUAAGCUGUGAGGUGGGAUGGGGGGAAAACUGGUGGAAAGCAGCGAAAUGGUGCUGUCAUAGUACGUUUUCCAGGAACAAUAAGGUGUAUCUAAAUGUAUUCAUGUCAGGGGUUUCUUUGUUACCCAGCCUGGUUCAUUCCGUUUUAAAUCCUAUUUUUCUAUCCGUCUCCCA